AUAAACGUUUCAUCUUUUGGUAAAAAAAGGUAUUUCUUUACCAACUCUGUGACACACUCCCAUUUUCAGACCUGCAAAGUGCAACAACCAUUACCAUCGUCCUUCUCCUGAAACUCUGACUGACCUCGACGACCUCAAGGGACCUCCUUUUCCCCCUUAUCUUUUACUUGCUUCUCUUUUCCUUUUUACCCAUUUCUUCUCUAAACCUAACCCAUUCCUCUAUUCUGGCUCUUCCAACCAUGGAAAGCUUCAGCUUGCUCAAAUACUGGAGAGGGGGCGGCGGUGCUACUCCUCCUGCUGUUGCUGCUGCUGCCACCGCUGAUUUUGCUUUUAACGGAUAUUCCUCUGCUGCUGGCGCUGUCAGUGUUGUCACCGCCGUGCCGCAGAACCAGGCGGAAAGUGAUGAGGAGAAUGAUGAGGAUGAUGGGCCGUUCUUUGAUUUGGAGUUUGCUGUUCCUGAUGAGGAUGAGAGUCGAAAACAGGGGGGAAAUGACGAGGGGAGGAGAAACUGUGCUGACGGAAGUGAGGAAGAAGAAGAAGAAGAUGAUGAAGAUGAUGAAGAAGAAGAAGAUGGGGAUACGGAUGGUGAGAGAGAGUUCAACUUCACGCUGUCAUCUGGCUCUAGCAACGAACAUUCCGAUGCCAAUCUCACGUUUUCUCCUUCUGAUGACUUGUUUUUCAAGGGAAAGCUUGUCCCAGUUGAAGCCUCCUCCAAUGGCGGUUCUGAAACAAACGCCAGGCCGCAGCUUCGUGUCACAUUGUUGAAAUCAGCUGCCAAGUUUAGGGUAUUCAUGUCGGGUCUCAAGAGGUCGAAAUCGAACGGGGAAAAGAAACCAGAGACAGAUGGAUCUGUGGGGGAAAUGACCAAAACUGAGAUGAAGGAAGAGACGACGGAAAUCCCACCGGAGAAAAACGAGAACCAAGCGGGAAAAGAACAGAACCAGACGAAAAGUAAGCUUUUCGCUGUGAAACUUAAGGUGGAGGAAGUUCCGAUCAUGUCUCUGUUUACCAGAGACAACAGUUCAAGAGGCUCCGGAGGAACUACCAGCAACAGCAACAACAACAACAACAACAACAACAACAACAACAACAAACCCCAGAAACGAAGCUCCGAUGAACUAACUUCGGAGGAAAAUCGAUUCUCCAAAGACGUAAUAAUGCAAAAGUACUUGAAGAUGGUGAAGCCUCUGUACAUUCGGGUUUCAAGGAGAUACGGCGAGAAGUUCAGGCUAUCCGGGCAGCUUAUUUUGGGGGCAGCCGGAGCCAAGUCCGGUGCACCGCCACCCACCUCGCCGCCGUUGGAGAAACCCGUGACAGAGACACAGACACAGACAGAAGGUGUGCAAGUGCAAGCACCAACAACCACCGCCAACAGCAAGGGCAGGAACAUGCCGGCUAAGCUAAGAGUAGUCUGCAAGCAUUUGGGGAAAAGUCGGUCAGCUUCCUCCGCCGUAGCAGCGGCGCCACCAGGGAUGGCUCCCUCGAGAAGGGACGAUUCGCUUAUCCAGCAACAAGACGGAAUCCAGAGCGCGAUUCUCCAUUGCAAGAGAUCCUUCAACGCAUCUCGAGAUUCAGAGUCUUCCCUGCUAUCAAGGUCAGUAAGCGACACUCUGCGUGAGAAACCUUCAGAUUUAACAGAAAAACAAUGAUCAGAUUAAAGCCGACAGAAACGGCGGGAAAUUUUUGGUCGAUAUCCUGAAGAUUUCUCUCGCUUUAUAUAUAAAUAUGUGUAGUAUAUGUAUCAUAUGCAGCUGUGUCGGGUUAGGAUUGAAUUCCUGGGGUGGCUUCUAAGUAAAAGUUCAAUCUUUCCAUUGAAGGGAGAAGAGAAGAGAAGAAUUAUUGGAUUGUAUGCGUUUUUGUAAUCAGUAGAAAGAUGCACACAAACCAAGAGCAGUUGCCCCUAAGUAUGUGAUUUUUCCUUUGCCUAUCCCAAUUGGAACUGAAAGUUCAAGUGGGUGCUAUGAAAUUAUGUUGCUUUUUUUGGCAUUUGAGAUUGGUAAAGGAUGUGGAUCUUAACUUAGGCUGUUCUCUGUGGCAAAAAAAUGGUGCUUAGUGGUCAGAGAAGUGGGGAAAAGUGGGUUUUACUUAAAUAGUGAAAAUGAGUUUCGUCUUCCUUCCUUUUUCUUUUCUUUCUCUCCAUUUCUUGUUUUAUCCAAUGGAUUAUGGUCUAAAAGUAAGAAGGGAAGCAUGUGGGGAUUUAUUGAAUGCCUUUAUGGAGGCUAAUGAUGAUGGGUCUCCAUAUUCAUGAAUCA